GCCGCCGGUCAUGCACGCUCCCCUCAUUUGCGGCGUCGUCCUCUGUGCCCACGCGCCUGUGCGUGCGUGCGCGCGAGCUGGACCCGUCCCUACAGCAGAGAGCAGCAGCGCAUCCAUCCUGCCGUGGAGCCGGGAGCGUGGAGCUGCGAGGAGAGCACAGAGAGAGAGCGAGAGAGCGAGAGAGCGACAGAAGAUGGACGGAGUGGGAUCAUUCGGAGCGGGCCGGGCCGGGUCCACUAUCGACCCGAUUACCUUUGCAAAACAGCCGCAGACCAUCCUCAGAGUGCUGUCCUGGAUAUUUUCCCUGGUGGUCUUUGCCUCCAUUGUGAACGAGGGCUAUGUCAACAUGGGCAGCGAGCGUCUCCACUGCGUCUUCAAUAAGAACGCAGACGCGUGCAACUAUGGCGUGUUCGUGGGCCUGGUGGGCCUGCUGGCGUGCUCCUUCUUCUUCCUGCUUGACUACAAGUUCUCCUCCAUCAGCUCCGUCAAAGACAGGAAGAAGGCUAUCAUGGUUGAGAUUGGCUUCUCAGGUUUCUGGGCCUUUCUGUACUUUGUAAGUUUCUGCUUCCUGGCCAAUCAGUGGUCUCGGACCACGGCUGAUGAGCUGCCACUCAAUCAGGGGGCCGACGCAGCCCGGGCUGCCAUCGCCUUCUCUUUCUUCUCCAUAAUCACCUGGGCUGGUCUAACAGUACGUGCGGUACAGAAGUAUCUGCUCGGCACAGACAUGACUCUGUUUACCACGGAGCACAUGGACGGCGGCGCGCCCACCCAGCCAUACCCCUCCAACUCACCAGUAGGCGAAACCACCGAGAACACAGAGACCUACCAGAGCCCACCAUUCACCGAGAACAACGCAGCACCCACAUACCAGUGUCGUUGGAUUAGAGCAGAUGAGAUGAAAAGAAAACAAGAGGAGGAAAUGUAGAAGAGGAGGCCACUUUGCAGUAUCUAAACACUAUUUUGACAAAACAAUAAAGAGAUGAAGGGAUCAACAAGUGAGUGACUCCACCACAAAGCAGUAUUGGAUAAAAGAAUGUGCAGAAGGCACUCACAUACGGCACCUUCACCUUAUUCUUUCCAUUCAUUGAAGUGUCAAAAAUCCCUUUUCAUGCCAAACAGUACGGGGUAUGUUUUUUUUUUUAGCUACAGUACAGUCUGGUUGUUCCUCCCCCUUUCCCUGCUGCAGUUAAAAGUGAUCCUGUGUGUUGAAUCUGCAUGUUUCCAAACUUAGAGAUCAACUAAGUGCCAUACUGUGCUGUGUGUCUCAGACAGUGACUUAAUUUAGUAGAUUUCCACAUGCUGUAAAAAAACAACAACAAUGUUUUGUAACUAAGUGCAAUAUCUCACAUCUUAUGUAAGUCUGUAAGUAGGUUUAUACUGUACUGUAGGCUAGUGACGUCAGAUUAGACCAAUUUUAGGCACUGUCUCAAUUACAUACUUUGAAUUGUACUCACAAAUCUCAGGCAAAUUUCCAAAUUAAGAUUUAUGGAUCCGACUUUGAUUAAGCUUCCCUGGUGAAGUUUGCUAAAGAUAUGGAAAUGAUAUCUGAAUCUAAGACCUCCUAAAAUAAAUCUCCUUAAAUACAAUUAGUAUUGGUCAACAAGCUUUUAUAUCAUGUUUUUAAGUAUUUAUGGUCUUCCUGGAUGUAGUGGGAUUAUUAUUUGAACACAUUUCAAAGAAUGUCAUAGUGAAAAAUAUUCCUCGAGUACAUUGUCACAAUAGCAGUGUCACAUUUUUUGUGUUUCUGGUUCAUUCAUGUACAAGGCUCAGUUUUCCACUCUUAAAAUGAUUGGGGGAGACCCUAAUCCACAAUGAAUCACUCUUCAGUCUGUUAUUGUUCUGUGCCAGGCAUGGAUAGAUUAUUGAAUGGGCCUAUGGGUCAGGGGACCACAAGGGGUCAGGGGGGACCUGGAAAAGAGCCUCUGUUUGAAGUGAUUUUUAACAUUUCUUGUUGGAAAGUCAAUCAAACGACUUCAAGGAGACACAAAAAACAACCACAAAGAAGAAGGCAAAAGAGUUGCAAAGAGACACAAACAGCUAAAAAGAGACGCACAAUGUCCACAAAGAGAUGCAAAAUAAACUGCAAAGUGACGCAAUAUGACCCCAAAGAGACACAACAAGACUACAAAGAGACACAAAGACUACACAGAGACAUAAAAAACAAUAAAACGAUUCAAAACAACUACAAAGAGAUUUAAAACGACCAAAACACUCAAGAUCACCACCACCAAGAGGGGUGGGGGGCCUUUACAUGUCAGUGCCCCGGGGCUCAUUGUCCCAUAAUCCGUCCAUGGUACCAGGGAAUGUAUGUAAUGUGUGAUUUGAGACAGUGUCCUAUGUUGGGUGUUGCGUGUAUAAAACGGGGCUCGUGGGGAGAUGCUGGGUAAGUCAGGUCUGUUUAUGUUUACGUUUUAGAAGCUGCCAAACUGCCCUGUGUUCUUAUUGCUGUCUUCUGAUUACCACGUUGCUACUAUGUUGUUAAUGUCUAUAGGAGUUUAUGUAAUCACAAAGCAGGGGGGCAACAGAUGAGCUUUUAUUUGAGGGAUGUCGGGUUGCUGGAAGAUUCAGUGCAGUCUCAGGCAAAAGAAAAAUCCGUUUGUCGGAUGUUAAGGAUCGCUAGCUGGCUAAUUUAUUGAUCCUGCAAUCCUACCAUUGAGGGAGGAGGACUGCAUUUAUUGCCAUGGUGACAGGGACAGGGUUGGGUGGAUGUUGGUCACUAAGGGCCCUGAUGUAGAUAGUAACCAUGCCAACCAUGUCUGUGAGUGUCUGUAUCGUGGUUCACGUACACUCGCCAUCAGCGAAUCUGUAGUUCUGGUGUGUGUGAGUGUGUGAGGCGUGCGUCCACGUGCAACAAUUGUACGUGUUCACGUGUAUUAGCAUGCAUGAGAUAGGUGUGUGAAAAUGUGUGAAUGUGUGUAGUUAAUUAAAUUUGGUGAUGCAGAAAAGUUAUUUUCUUGAACAUGUGUCUGUCAAAGUUUUAGUGCAGAGGAGGAAAUCAUAAGUCUGUUACACCAUUUAAUCAUUUCCCCAAAAUAAAAAUAGUCUUACUGCUAAAUAUAUUAUCAGUGUCACUGUCAAGAUAUGUGAAUUACAAAGUAUGAAACUAAGAGCUUUCUUUUUUUGAUGAACAGAGCCAAAUAUAAAAGCCCAUAGAGGGAUAUAAUUGACUUGUAGAACGUAAUGCUGACGGAUCCUGUGUAAACAGCGCCCUCUGCCGACCAGAUGAGGUACUGCAGAAGAGGGACAACUGGGGCUCGCAGAGUUAUAAAAGUAAUCAUGAUAAUAAUGCAUGAAAAUUGUUGUAUAGAUAUCAUUAUAUAUUGAAUACUAUGUAAUUCUUAAGUUGACAAGUUGUUUUGCAAAGUGAGAUUCGCCAGCCAUCAGUGCAGCUGACAGGAUUCCUUCUUGUGUUAUAUUAAUCACAGUUUAUUGUCAGAAUUGCGACCACACAACUCUUUGUUUAUUCAGUGAUGUUAUCUCAACCUCAUGAUGUUGCUGGUCACACGUACGCAUGCACUUGUGUGCAACAUAUCGCAAAGCUGCAGGGUGAAACUGUCCCAGAAUGCCGACUGUAACUCAGAUUUCCUGCACUCAGGAACCUAACUUAGUAGUAGGGCCUCGAGCUACACUGACAGAAAAAUGUCAGCUAACAAAGUACAGGCUCUGUAUUCCAGUUCCUGUCCCUGUCCCAAAGAGUGUAUACUCCAAGUAAAAAGGGUCAUCUGCUCUCUCGCAAAAUAGGUGACGAAUAAGUGAUUAUAAAUUAGGUUAAUGACAAAGUGAAUAAAGUAACAAUUUCUGUUUGUACUAAUUCCAGCACUAAAAAGGAUUGAGCUCAAUUCAAAGGAGGAUUUACAUUUUAUUCACCAGACUGUCAGCGAGUGCAUAGUUAAGUGUGUAUAAGUUAUAAAUUGAGGGAUAACACAGUAGUAUUUCCUUUUAGGAUUUUGGUUCUGGAAAGGGUGCAAGUUACUAUACUUUGUGUUUUUUCAUGUUGUAGCCCAUUACCCACAAGUUGUGUCAAUAUUACUGUAUUCCCUGAGGCAAUUGAUUUUUAAUCUUUAAAAAAAAAAAAAAGCCAAUGGUUUUGGUUCAUUCUAAUAUAAUAUGAAUAUUAGCUGUUCAAAUUGACCUGAUGCCACUGCAAGAUAAUGUAACUGACAUAACAUUACAGUUAUAAUCCUUAAAGCAUUAACAAUAUGCUAAUAAAAUAUGAAAUCUUGGGUAUUACUGGGCUGCUAGUAACCCGCUAUCUGUGGUUAGGUGAGACUGGGGUAUUGAUGGUGGUAUGAGGUACUAUUAGGGUACAAUUAGAUAGUUUGGGGUACUGUCAGGUCAGGUUGUAUUAUUGUUCUCAGUGCUUCAGUCUCUUCUUCAGUCAGUGUGGUAGAUAAAAAUAAUAACAGCCUUUUCUAUGUUUUGUGCUCUGGCCCAUGUACACUGCCGUGGUAAUGGUUGAUUGUAAAAUUCAGUACGUUAUUGAAGUAAAUGGAACCUGUGUGUGAUGCUGUCUAAAAGGUAUGGUUUUUCCUGUACUACUGAAAAUAUAAAAAUAUUAAUGAUUAUUUAACUCGAAUGCACUCUUUGUUGGAAAUACUUUGUUCGACAACUCUUGAAGGAGCCGUUGGCGCCAAAAUCAAAGUUUUAUGUGAUCAUGCUGUCGUUUUGUUAGACUGAGAUUAUAAAAGGUGAUAUGUAGUAACGCGGGUGCCAUCAGUUGUGUGGUGUCCAGUAUAAUACAUUGCAUGGAUGUUACAAUAUCUCCCCCCAUAAUAUUGAUAAUAGAAAUGUAACCCCCGCCAUCGACCAACAAACAAGUAAACAUUGAUUUUGUAGCGUACUACCCCUUUAAUAUGUUUCUUCUGAGUUGUUUCUUCCUGUUCUGAAGGCGUUUGACCUCUUCAGUGUAAAAACACUGUGUACAGAGAUGUGUGUCACUGUCUAUUACCUGAAUGUCUCUGGACUGCAGUCUGACCGUCACUCGAAUAAAAAAGAAAAACAUGUUUUGGA